UGAGCAAGAACAAGCUACAAUGGGUCAGACAGGAAGUGAACUAUUUAGGUCACACUUUGUCAGCUUCUGGAAGACAGAUACAGAGAACCAGAAAGCAGAUCAUUGCAGAUGCACCGAAACCUGAAACAAAAAAACAAAUGAUGUCAUUUUUGGGGCUCUGCAAUUACUGCAGAGCAUGGAUCCCCCAUUAUGCGGAAAAGACACAACCGCUGCUGAAUGUUGUGCAUGGAGUCCCCAUGGCAAUGACAGAAAAAAUAAUGUGGACACCAGUAGCAGAUGAUGCUUUUGUAGUGCUGAAACAGGCUCUGAUGGAAACUACAACUCUUAUCUUGCCAGACUACAAUAAAACCUUUGUGCAAACAGCAGACUGCAGGAAUGGUUUUAUGACCUCAGUGUUGCUGCAGAGUCAUGGCAGCAAACUAAGACCAAUUGCAUUUUAUUCCAAAAAAUUGGAUCCAGUGGCUCAAUCUUUGCCAGACUGUGUCCAAGCAGUAUGCGCGGCAGCGCUUGCAGUGAGACAAGCUGCAGAUGUGGUGCUCUUUCACAAAAUGGAGCUGCUAGUUCCACAUGCUGUAGAUGUGUUGCUACUACAAAGUAAAAUGAACUUUUUGUCGCCAGCCAGACACCUGUCUUACACUGCUACACUUCUGUCACAACCACACAUUGUGAUAAAGAGGUGCACAGUCCUUAACCCAGCAACUUUGAUCCCGUUGCCAGGGGAUGGUACCCCACAUAACUGUUUGGAUGCCACAGAACAUCUACAGCUGCCCAGAGAAGAUUUACGUGACACGCCACUUGACAAAGGGGAAAAGUGGUUUGUGGAUGGAUCAUGUUCAAAGGAUCCUAAAGGAAACAAUCAAAGUGGUUAUGCAAUUGUGAAAUUGCCAAACCAGAUUGUUGAAGCAGAGAAGCUUCCAUACAACAGGUCAGCGCAGGCUGCUGAGCUAAUUGCGCUAACAAGAGCUUGUCAAUUAGCGGAAGAUAAGGAAGUCACUGUAUACACGGACAGUCAGUAUGCGUUUUCUACUCUGUUCUAUUUUGCGAAACAAUGGGAGCGCAGAGGGAUGACAACAUCAACCGGUAAGCCGGUUACCCAUGCCUCCUUGUUAAAAGACUUGUUGCAGGCCAUUCAUUUACCUGCUAAACUAGCUGUGUGUAAAUGUGCUGCUCACACCACAGGCACAGAUGAAGCCUCAAAUGGAAACAGAUUAGCAGACAGAAUUGCUAAAGAAGCAGCAGCAGGGAAACAUGGCCAUGAAUUUUUUUUAAUGGAUUCAGAGGACACGCAACUCAUAGAUAAGACUAUACUGACAGAUAUGCAGGGCAAUGCUCCAAUGGUGGAAAAACGAAUGUGGACGACAAAAGGUGCAAUAGUGGAUACAGAUAAUAUCCACCGCAUCGAUGACAAACCUGUUUUACCAAAAUCACUUUUUAAGGCAGCGGCUAUUGCGACACAUGGGCCUUGCCAUGUGUCGACAGGAGGGAUGAAGUCCAUCAUACAUCAACAAUUCACUACCUUUGGUUUAGAUGCUUACUUAAAAAUUUUUUGUAAAGCAUGUCCUGUUUGUGUGAAACAUAAUCCACAAGGAAAUAUGAGACCUAAGAGAGGCUCAUUUCCAAAACCGUCUUACCCAUUUCAAAUCAUGCACGUGGAUUUUAUUGAGCUCACACAAAGUGGACCUCACAAAUACUGCUUAGUGAUGAUUGAUGCAUUUUCCAAAUGGGUGGAAAUAGUUCCAUCUAAACGAGCAGAUGCCUUAACAGUGGCAAAAGCCAUCUGCAAAGCCAUCAUACCGACUCAUGGCAUCCCCCAAACCAUUUACAGUGACAAUGGUCCACACUUUGUGAACCAAGUUGUACAGAACAUGGCUGUACACCUUGGGAUAACAUUAAAAAAACCACUGCGCUUGGCAUCCUGCGAGCGCUGGCCUGGUUGAACGAGCAAACUCCACUAUCAAAAGCAGGUUGAAAAAAUGCAUGGAAACAACACGCAGAUCUUGGCCAGAGUGCCUAGACUUAGUGAAGCUCUAUAUGAGAAUUACUCCCACUUCAGAAGGGCUAACACCUUUUGAAAUCGUCCAUGGGAGACCAUAUAGACUACCUGUGUUCCCUGCAGAUUUGCAAAAAGCAGAUGAAGAACAGUCCUUGGCAGACUAUAUGAUAAGGACCCUCAAACUGAAAGAUGUGUCAAAUGCAAAUUUACUGCCGCCUGAUCUUUCCUCCUCACAGGUCGACAACCCCAUCAAUCCAGGAG